UCAUCUCUCUCCUCUCGCUACUUCUUCAAGCGACUCGCUCGACUUGAAGAAGAUGGACACCCGCUGCUCCAUCACAGCCUCAGCCUCGCACAGGUACGCACCUUAUUUCCUCCCAGCAAGCCGUCAAUCGACAUCGAUCGGCGGCAUCUCCACCGAUGAGCCACGGCCAUCAUCAUCACCACCACGACGGCCACGGUCAUCAUCACGGCCACCACCACCAUCAUGGCCACCGCCACCAACACCAGGCGCUGCCGGGGUUCCCGGUCCCGUUCUCUCAAGUGCCGGCGACGGUGGGGGCGCCGUUCCUCGAGCCCAGGCCGGACAGCCGAGAUAGCUCCGACAACCCCGUGGUCUCUCUCUCCGCGCUCGUGGGCUGCUGGUUCAUCCUGAUCAUCAUCGUCGUGUUCAUACUAUACUCAUUCUUUUAUGACAGCAUGGGCAUGCAUGCCAUGCACUUUAUAUAUUUGGAUAUCCUCCUCAUGUGGGCUGUGAGAAGAUGAUAAUUUGAGGCCUUUUAGGCAGCCCAAAAAGCUGCAGAAGCCCACUACCCAUUAGGGUUAUGACCUAGGGUCAUUUUGGACUUUGCACAUGAGUGAAUGCUUUACUCUCCAUCCAGCAGCCACCAUCAAGAGUGACAAAAAUCAGUUUAUCAUUCAAGAGAGAAGAAGAGAGAAAACCAAGAGAGCAAGGAAAGAAGAGGAAGAUUGAAGGAAGAAAAAAAGGGAGCUCCUCCCCAAGGUUUUCCACGUAAUAAUCUGGUGUCUCUUUGUUGAUGCUUGAUGCUGUGAGGAAAACUUACUCCUACACAAGACACUAGGCUAAGGAGUUUCUUGCCUGCUGAGUAACAUUUUCUGCCUUCAUAUAUGCUGCUGCAUAUGUUUCCUUCCGUGUUAAGUAACGAUCCUUGAGUUAGUACAUGAUGUGGUGCUGAGAUUACUUGUUUCCGCUACAUCAGCCACAAUAUUU